AUGAUGACGUAUAAUGGAAGUGACUGGAGUGCGUGCGCCGUUCAUAACUCCGCGACGUGUAGUUUUCACGUGCUUUGGUUCCUGGCAGGAUGAAGUUGGAGCUGUCCCUGGUGGUGCAGGGCUGUCGGCUAGGUGUGUUGACGGGACUGGGCAGGGCAGGACAGCACUCCCUAGAGGUGCCGGGGUGCCUGCUGUACACCCGCUGCGGCACCGUGCCACACCUCACCCAGGACACUUUGCACACACUGAACAACCUGCCCUCUGUCACACAGCUCACCCUGAACACACUAGCGGAACACCAGGAAGUAUUGGAGGAGUUCAAGGAGGGAGUCAGGAAGUUUGCAGGUCUUCAUGACACAGUGUUGUACUGCUCCCUCCACGACCCUGCUACCUCAUGCCCCCCAGGUCACAUCACCAACAAGACGGUGUCUGUGUGGGGUAGUGGCGGUCGUAUCGAGCUGACGGUUGCGAAGUUCAUGGCUCUUCAGAAGGCUGUCCAGCCAGACCUGUACCAGAGCAUGGCAGACGGAGARACUUGGCAGAUCAACACUUCUCGCAAGAGGGUCCGCAAGUCAGUGGACCGCACCCUGGCCCACCUGGAUGAGUGUCUGCUGCUCCACCACAAAACACAGGAGCUGAGUGGGGUGGAGGUGUUGGGGGUGGUGGAGGGAGGAGAUGUGCUGGAGGAGAGGGUGCGGUCGGCCAGGGAGACGGCCAARCGGCCAGUAGGAGGAUUCUGUCUGGACGGGCUCCAUACUGCAGCCAUGGAGACACACCUCCGGACCCAGCUCAUCACUGCCGUCAUCAAGGAGCUGCCUGAGGACAAACCCAGGCUGCUGCAGGGUGUGGGGCGGCCAGACGAGGUGCUGGCGUGCGUGGAGGUGGGAGUGGACCUGUUUGAGAGCUUCUUCCCCUUCCAGGUGACAGAGCGAGGCUGUGCUCUCACCUUCCCUUUCAACAUCACCACUGACCCAGAGGCAGCAGGUACAGGUGUACAGGCACCCCCAACAGUUGUGGAGUUGGACAAGUCCGAAGCUGCUGUAGGUCAGAAGAAUGAACUGAUAAUCCCCAAGAAGACCAAACCAAGAUGACUCCUUUUGAGAUCAACCUGAAAGAUAAGAGGUACAGAGACGACUUCAGUCCCCUGGUGGAGGGGUGUGGCUUCUACUGCUGCAGGAACCACCACAGGGCAUACCUACACCACCUGCUGGUGAC